AUGGAAAAGGCAUCGGGUAAAUUCCUGGCUCUUGAAGCUGGCCAGAGGAACACACAGGCUGUCUUGCAGGAUAUCCAGACCCAGUUGGGGAGUGUGGCUCAAGUAGUGGCACAAAGGGCUCCUGGUACCUUGCCCGGUCAGACCAUUCCUCACCCCCAGAACCCGAAUGAGCACUGCAAUGCCAUCAUGACCAGGAGUGGCAAGAUGACUGUUGAUCCACCUGCUCGGGAACAAGAGAGAGAGGCCCCUGCCUCGGCAUCUCCAGCAGCUGAAGCAGAAGCAGAGAAGGAGGUUGAGGUGCCUGCACCUAAACUGCAACCAGUAGUGAAGGAGUAUAUCCCUAAACUCCCCUUUCCUACUCGGUUGCACAAAGACAGGCUGGAGGCAGAGUUCGAGAACUUCAUGGCCAUGCUUAGGAAGCUGAAUGUCCAAGUGCCUUUCCUGGAGGCACUAUCUCAAAUGCCUAAGUAUGCGAAGUUCCUGAAGGAACUUCUCUCAAAGAAGCAGAAGCUGAGCGAGCUGGCCACUGUGGAGCUCAGCGAGGAGUGCUCGGCCAUUCUGCAGAACAAGCUUCCGCAGAAACAGAAGGACCCAGGUAGUUUUACUAUCCCGUGCUCUAUUGAGAAUUUACAUGUAGAGAGGUCCUUGGCGGAUUUAGGUGCUAGUAUAAAUGUUAUGCCAUAUAAAUUGUUUAAGAAACUAGGCCUAGGUGAACCCCGUGCUACUAGGAUGAGCCUUCAAUUAGCAGACCGAUCUGUAGUGCAUCCUCGGGGCAUAGUGGAAGACCUUCUGGUUAAGGUUGGCAAAUUCAAUUAUCCUGUUGAUUUUGUGAUUUUGGACAUAAAUGAGGAUGUGAAUGUGCCAUUGAUACUGGGAAGGCCUUUCCUCGCCACCGCCAAGGCCCUCAUAGAUGUGCAUGAUGGGACCUUAGUUUUGAGGGAUGGUGAGGAGCGAAUAGCGUUUUCAAUUUCUGAUUCUCGUCCUGCUUCGUCACCUUUGCAUGCUGUAUCUCACAAGGAGCACGAGUCUGUCGGUUAUCCUCCUGUGUUGCCUAUUUUGCGAGAUCUGCCUCCCAUACCUUCGCCGCACUCCCGUCCACUCCAUCAUCGAAGGAACAAAUCAGGGAGGAGUGGCGGCCGAAACAGCAGGCAGUAA